AUGCAACCCCCCCGAACCCUCCUCAACCGCCUCUUCCCCCCAACUCCGCCCUCCACAACCACAACCUGGCAACGCGCCGACCCCGUCCCCUCCGCCAGGCUGCCGCAUCCAAGGCCCUCUUUCAAAAUCGGCCAACGCGUCUACAACAAAGCACACUACGACGCCGAGUCAAACCUGCAGCAGCAGUCUUACUGGAUCAAAGGCUGGAGGUGGGAUCAGGUGUAUGGGCAGAUGAGGUAUCUGUUGACGUAUACGCCGAACGGACAGGUUUAUGGGAGUGAGGCUGAGGGGAGCCUGUUGGUUGCUUGA